AUGAAGAGAGAUCUUCAUCAAUUUCACGGUCCCAACACUCAGUUUUCUGCCAUCACCGGUUCUUCUUCUUCUUCUGUUUCUUCUUCCACGCCAGCUUGUGUUAAAGACAAGAUGAUGAUGGUGAAAGAAGAAGAAGACGGUGGAAACAUGGACGAUGAGCUUCUCGCUGUGUUAGGAUACAAGGUCAGGUCAUCGGAGAUGGCGGAGGUUGCUUUGAAGCUCGAGCAGUUAGAGACGAUGAUGGGUAAUGCUCAGGAAGAUGGUUUGUCUCAUCUCGCGACGGAUACUGUUCACUACAAUCCGUCGGAGCUCUACUCGUGGCUUGAUAAUAUGCUCUCGGAGCUUAAUCCACCGGCUGUUGCAGACCCGGUUUUGCCUUCGCCGGAGAUUAACACCUCGUUUCUCACCGGCGCCGGAGAUUCUUCUACCGUAACCUCGAUUGGCGGUUUCUCGGCUUCCGAUUAUGACCUGAAAGCCAUUCCCGGAAACGCCAUGUACCGGAGAUCUAACCAAUUCGCGGCGAUUGAUUCUUCGUCUUCGUCGAAUCAAGUUGGGAAUAAUAAUAAUCAGAACAACAAGCGGUUGAAAUCUUGCUCGAGCCCCGAUUCAAUGGUUACAUCGACAUCGACGGGAGUCAUCGGCACGACGGUAACCACCACCACGACAACAACGACGGCGGCGGCUGAGUCAGCUCGGGCGGUAAUCCUGGUCGACUCGCAGGAAAACGGUGUGCGUCUAGUCCACGCGCUUAUGGCCUGUGCGGAAGCUGUUCAGAGUAACAAUUUGACUUUAGCGGAAGCUCUCGUAAAGCAAAUCGGAUUCUUAGCUGUAUCGCAAUCAGGAGCCAUGAGGAAAGUUGCGACCUAUUUCGCCGAAGCUCUCGCACGGCGGAUCUACCGUCUCUCUCCGCCGCAGAAUCAAAUCGACCAUUCUCUCUCCGAUACUCUCCAGAUGCACUUCUACGAGACUUGCCCUUAUCUCAAAUUCGCUCACUUCACGGCGAAUCAAGCCAUCCUCGAAGCUUUCGAAGGCAAGAAGAGAGUCCACGUCAUCGAUUUCUCGAUGAACCAAGGGCUACAAUGGCCGGCGCUUAUGCAAGCCCUUGCUCUCCGAGAGGGAGGUCCUCCGACUUUCCGGUUGACCGGAAUCGGUCCUCCGGCGCCGGAUAACUCCGAUCAUCUCCACGAAGUUGGAUGUAAAUUAGCUCAGCUGGCGGAAGUUAUCCACGUAGAAUUCGAAUACCGUGGCUUCGUUGCGAACAGUUUAGCUGAUCUCGAUGCUUCCAUGCUCGAGCUUAGACCGAGCGAGACAGAAGCUGUGGCGGUUAACUCUGUUUUCGAGCUCCACAAGCUCUUAGGUCGUCCCGGCGGGAUAGAGAAAGUCCUCGGCGUUGUGAAACAGAUUAAACCGGAGAUCUUCACGGUGGUCGAGCAAGAAUCGAACCAUAACGGACCGGUUUUCUUAGACCGGUUUACUGAAUCGCUGCAUUACUAUUCGACCCUGUUCGAUUCCUUGGAAGGAGCUCCAAGUAGCCAAGACAAAGUCAUGUCGGAAGUUUAUUUGGGGAAACAGAUUUGCAAUCUCGUGGCUUGCGAAGGUCCAGACCGAGUAGAGCGACACGAAACGCUGAGUCAGUGGUCAAGCCGGUUCAGUUCGUCCGGUUUAGCGCCCGCACAUCUCGGGUCUAACGCGUUUAAGCAAGCGAGUAUGCUUUUGGCUCUGUUUAAUGGCGGCGAAGGUUAUCGUGUGGAGGAGAAUAAUGGAUGUUUGAUGUUGGGUUGGCAUACGCGGCCGCUCAUAACCACCUCCGCUUGGAAGCUCUCGACGGCUCACUGA